AGAUUUAUUAUAGAGUAUAUUUUUAUUAUUUAAUGAAAAUUUAUGAAUCUCUGCAGACCACUGGAAAAUGAAAGGAUGCGGGAUGAAUUGGAGAAAGCUGUAAAUAUCAUAUGGAACUGUCGGCUACCAUCACCAAGAUGUGUUGCAAUAGAUGCUGUUGUUGAGCUUGAUUUGGUCUCUGCUCUACAAGUGUCCAUCUUCCCAGAGCUUAUCUUCACUAAAGCUGGAAAGAUCUUAUACUGUGAGAAAGCGAUUCAAACAGCAGAUGAGUUGUCAAAAAUAAUGGCAUUCUUUUAUUACAGAAGCAGCCAAACUGCCUAGCUUGAAUACCGUUGGAAUAAGUGAAGAACCAGUCCCUACCAUUUGAAUCAACAGCGAAUAGUGUCAGA